AUGGAGGAACAAAAGUGCAGAAAUAUAGAAAGUAUACUAACGGAAAAACAUUUGAAAACAAUCAUACAUCGCCUUGCAGGGUUUCUGGGAGAUCAUUUUAAAAUUGUGGUCCAUUUACAAAAUGCUGGAGUUACGAGGAAGUUGCACUUGUUUGCGAAAUCGAUGCCGUUAAUAAAUAAGCCAAAGGCAGAUUUUAUUGCGGAUUAUAAUUUUUUUCGGCGGGAAAAUCUUGUUUACAAGUUAUUCGAAAAUAUGUGCGUGACUGAUUCCGACAAUUGGUGCACAAAAGCAUACAUUCACACAGACACGUUGUUGGUGCUGCCUGACCUCUCCAUCCUCGGCUACAAGACGCUUCCUACAGACCAAUUCUACGACCUCAAGCACGUGUUAAUAGCAGUAAAGUCCCUAGCUCAGUUCCACGCUAAGUACGCGUGCUACGAAGCGAAUCAACAGAAGUCCAUCUAUGAAGAUCACAGAGAAGUUCUAAAAGACGCUGCGUUUAUGGACGCACCGUGGCUGCGGGCUGCUGCAAGACUAAGCUGCAGCCUUUUACGAGAAUUUUCAACAGAGACCAUAGAUGAAGACACACUAACAAAUUUAUUCCUCAAAGCCUGCGACGAUCUAACCGUCAGUAAGGAGAGCAUAAACGUUAUACUCCACAGAGAUUUGUGGACCAACAACAUAUUGUUUCGUCACGAGGGUGACGAGCCCAAGGGGGCUGUCUUGGUGGACUUCCAAUGCGUCAGAUACGGCCCGCCGGCGUUUGACCUGAUGAUCUUACUCUAUCUGACGACGACAAAGCAGUUCCGAGAGUCCCAUGAAAAGGAAGUAUUCAACCAUUAUUACACCGUGUUUACCCAAUAUUUAGACGACACUAUGAAGGGGAAAUUAAAGGAUUACAACUACGGGAGGUGGGAUUUCUUUAACUGGUGCGAAAGGGCUCGAAUGUUCGCGAUGAUGGAAGCAAUGGCUAUAUUUCCCUUUGUGUUGAUGGAUCCAUCGUUAGCGCAGAAGACGUUCGAUGAUCCUGAUACAUUCACGAAGCACGUGGAGGAAGAUAGAUGUAAGCCGGUGCUGGAUUAUGCUCGUGAGAGCAGCUUCUACAGGGAGAGGAUGGUGGAAGUAAGCGUAGAAUUCGUGGAUAGGUAUCAUUUGAAACGUUUGUAAAGGUGUAAUUUGUUAGUUUAUUUCAGUUGUGUAAUUUGUCGUGUCGAGUGAAAGCAUUCGUGAUAUUAGUAAAUAUGUAAAAAAAAACAUACCGCGAUU